CGCGUUUUCUUCGCCCUGCUCGCCCCCACGAGGCUGCCCGUUGUCAAUCUACACGAGGCUCUCGCGUUCAAGGCCCCUGAACAGCGAGCUUGCCUCCGAGCCUCCGUCAGCCGUGCUGCGCCCGCGUGCACGUCGGAAACCCAUCUAAUCGUCCCGCCGACUCGCGCUCUGCCACCCUACUCUUGCUUACUCUACGCUCGCGUUGCAUGCCUUUAGUGCCUAAUCUACGAAUAUGUCACGACAGUACGACUCGAGUACGCCGUCGUCCGAGGACCCUUCGUCAAAAUCUUCGCACCCGCCGUCCAGCUCUGGCUCGCCCCCAGACAGCACAGGCGACCUGGAACGCCCCAGCACCGAAGAGCAGCCUUCUUCGCCCCCGCAAUCCCCACCGGGAAAGUCGUCCAGCUCGGAGGGCUACCCGUCCUGGCUUCCCAAGCGUCCUCCGCCACCCGCGCCGCGCUCCACUUUGCAGUCCUCUGUCGCUGGCAUGUACACCGCUGGCGCCGAGCCCGGUCCAAGCACUGAGCCUUUCGUAGGGCGGAAGCCGACGCCUCGCUCAGUGCGCAUUGUCAGCCUGCAGGGGUCUGACCCCCAAGCGGAGAAGGAGUCAAAGGCACGUCGCGAGCCCACAGACCAGUCGCGCGCGUUCUCUGGGCCUGCACACACACGUGUAUGGUCCCGCGCGACGAGCGCAGGCCUCACGCCGACGCUCUUCUCAGCGGGCUCGCCUCAGUUUCCGCGGCCGCGGUUCCGCUCGAUUGGGCUCCAUCUGGAGCUGCUGCGACACCCUUCAUGGAGGAUGCGUUGCCUUUUCUUCCUCUUCCCUCUUUUCGUCUUUGGGCACAUUCCCCUGCAGACGUUCUUCGAUUUCAAUGCUGUAUUCAUCUUGAUUCUGAUCGCCAAGUACCCGAACCCUUCUGCGCCUGGUGUGCCGGGCUCAGGGCGGGAUUGGGCGCUUGCUGCAGCCGCCUACAUUGCUUGCUGGUUCACCUGGAUCUUUGUAAUCUUUAUUGUAUAUGAGCUCCUCUAUUCCUUCUACCGCCGCUGGAGAGUCAAACGACCGCUAAUGUUCCCCCUGUACAUGUCCUCGCCCGCAUUCAGCCUUGCCUCUAUGACGUCGUACACCAACUUCUGCUUCAUGUAUCAUAUUCGCAUGUCCGCGUUCUCUGGGGAGUACGCCUCCCUGCGCGACGGACUCGCCGAGACGGCGAACUUCUACGCGCAGAACUGGUCGACAGUCAUCCUGCUCAUGCCGCGCGCGGCGCUUUCACUCGCGGUUCUGCUGGCGUUCUGGUCUCCGCAGCCCGGCGCGAUCGCACAAGGCGACGCUGGGGUUAGCCCGCGAGACGGGACGUUCUUCCGUGCGGAUGGCACCCUCACUGACUACGCCCGCGGCGUACUCAUCGCCAACGCUGCUUGGACGGCGUGGCGAAUCCUUGUCCUCUUCGCGAGCUUUAUUGGCCUCUGGAUUGUCAGUGGGCAGGGCUGUGCCGGCCUCUGCGGGCCUCGCUAUCGCUGGGAGGAAGACGACGCCGAGAAGACUGCAACGCUUGUUAACGACACGCUGUCCGAGCAAGACGCACUCCCGUGGUCGUGGAAGGAGUGUACCCUCCUGCGCAUCAAGGACGCGCACGAUUUCUGUCUGACGACGAAGCAGCCGCGCGGCGCGGGCCGCGAGUCGCGCGAGCCCUCCAUCCCGAUCGAGGGCAUGGAGCGCAUCUUCGCGGCGGUGGGCCUGCCGUCGGCACACCAUCCCGCGCGGCGGGGUGUGCUCUCCGGGGAGCUGUUCGAGAGUCCGGAGCCGAGAGUGGGCGAGGAGGUCCCUGGGGAUGAUGAGAAGCGCCGAAUGAGCAAGUCCGCACCAGAGCUGUCGGAUGUCGCGUACCCUCCGCCGACGGCGAGGCCGAAGGGCAAGCAACCUGCUGCGCCGCCAUCGGCGUAUCCGUUUGCAGCGUAUCCUGCGCAGGUGUCUUCGGAGGAGAGCGUGCCUUUCCCGCCGUCGCCUGAACCUGAUGAGGAGAGGGAGCCGCCAACCGAGCCAGGUGAAGAGGAAGGAGAGGAGGGCGAAGAAGAGGAAGAGGAGGAGGAAGAAGAAGCAGAGGAGAGUGAGGAACCUUCAGACAGACGGACUUCCGGCUCAAUGUCCAGUCUCGGACGACCCGUAGUCUCAAGAUAUCCCUUCCAGUUCCGUGCGCCAACACGGGCUAGUGCUUCCUCCGCGUCGCACCGGUCGCCCAUGUCACGUUCUAGCCCUCAUUCUACUUCGACGCCGUCGCGAUCUACGCACACCCACUCAACACCCUCGACGCGUCCCUCACACUCUACGCAGUCGACGGGCAACCGCGAGUCGUCGGACUCACCUGGCGCAAGCUCGAACGCGCAUAACACCUCGAUGUCGUCCAGCUUCAGCGGCAGCGUCAUCCCAAUGCCUCCGAGGCAUCCGCAGGUACAGAGGAGAGCAAGAGCGGGCACAGUUCCUGCACUGCCCGCGUCCCCCACGCCUGCUGUAUAUCCCGCGGGACGGCCGCGUGCGCGAACACGCACCGAAAGCGUGGUGACGGAUACGUCGAUGACGUUUGGCCAGCUCCCUGCGCCUGUUUUUGAUUCGGAUCUUGACCCUCACGAGGAUUCGUCACUCAUGGACGUUCCCGAGGCAGAGGGUUCGAUCGAGGAAGCGGAACAGGAGGAUAGCGUGGGCUUGCUGUCGCAGGGCCCGAGCCCCCGUGCGUCCCGAGUGAGCCUCCGUCAUCGGGCUAGUAACCUCUCGCAUCGGCGGAAUAAUGGGUCGCGUUCCCGCUCCGGUAGGGGUUCAGGCUCCGGCUCAGGCUCAGGUUCAAGAUCGCAGUCUCGUUCGCGCACGGACUCGGCAACCUCACGCUCGGAGUCCGCAAGGUCGAGGGCGCAGUCGUUGAUCCAUUCUCUGACAGCUGCCUCACGGUCAUCGCUGGACCUCGCUCGGUCCCGUGCGAAUUCUAUGGUUCGACUGUCGGACUCGCCGUUCGAGUCGUCAGCUUCGGAUGCGGUUCUGAGCAGCCCGGAGAACUACACGUUCGGCCAUCCUCUCAGAGAGCAAUGGCGCGCAGAGGAAGCAGGACAGGGUGACGUUCCCGAGGUUCCUGAGGUUCCGGAAAUUGCUCUACCAUCGUCUGAGUCUGGUUCAGACCAUCAUUCUGAAGGUGACGAGCAUCCGCACGAGCUUCGGGAAGCUCGCUCCAAUCUAUCCACCAACGCACCCUCUGCCCAUGCGCCCUCGGAACAGACGUCGGAAUGGAGCUCCCAUACUGAGCGCCUGGGGAUUCCCAUCGUCGGUCGACGACCUACUGCCGACGACAGUCAGCCCGACAUCAGCACGGCUGACCAGUCAUAUGUGACCGCGCCGGCAACGGUUCUGGGCUCGACGACGACUUCCGUGCAAACCCCUUCAAGCUGGGGUGAAGUCGCGCGCUAUCCUGAUGAAACGUGGCGGCCUGCCUGAAAUCGCGCGUGCUAUGCGUGGACCUUUCUUGGGACGGACCUCUGGAUGAACCAUGAAAAUCUAAUCAGUUAUUCUUGUGUUUAUACCUACUAUUGCACUUGCAGAUCCUAGAUUAUUGCGCACGUCUUCGUUACCGCCUUCCCCCAUCCGCCUUACCCCCUUCACGACCGCCCUCCGCAUGAUAUUCACGCGAUACCUUCGAACUGUCACAUUACACAAAAUACAAAAACGCAUCGUGUUUCUUCAAGCAUCCAUUGAUUACCCGACGUAUGUACUUCCUGGAGAGAUCGAUAUCACCGAGGAGAAAUGUCAUUACUGCGGCAGCCCUGUCAGAGUUCGCUAGAUGCGUCAACGACACAGACGGAACAGUAGGACUGUCAGUGUCAAAUAUAGGUUCGACACAAACCCCUCGCA